CCCUGGAGGAGAUGAGAAGGCACGGCAUUGAAGAGCAGUUGUGGGAAUCUAGCCGAGUCGAAUUAUCUAGCAAGAUAGAGGCCCUCAAUGGAGGGGGGAGUAAUGGCGCGACGGAUUCCACUGGGGGGACCGCGGGUCCUUCAUGAUGUGCGCACGAGAGGAAUGGGAUGCUUUGGUUCUCGUGACAGUCAGGGAAGGGCCCGUAUUCGAUCAUCGCCGUCAUCAUCGUCGUCAAGGCUGACUGGGCAGCACCGGCGGAGCUGGAGUGGCUUGGGAAUAGUGCUGCGCAGUUGUCAGAGCGGCUCGGCCAGAUUGGCAGAUGCCUUUGGCCGGGACGCAGAAGAAAUAACAGGGGUUGUAACAGGGGUAGGAAGGGCAACAAGCACCCCUGGAAAGGGUGAGCAAGGAGCACAUAUACGUAAUGGUAGGGGAAGGAGAGUGAGGCGGGGGGUUUCGUGCAGCUGGUCUGCGGGAUCGCCCAGAGAGCCGGGCAGUCCCUCUGGCCAGGACGACAGCUCGCAAGGAGUAAGAGUAGAAGUAGGUAGAGCGAGCGUGCCAGAACAUGUUGAGCGAAGACAUACCAGAUGUAUGGCUGGAGCGCGAGGCAGGUGCUUGUGCACGUGCUCUUGGAUCGAGAAAUGCGUGAAUAGUUUUUGCGGACGUCCGAGGCCUGAAUCUACUCCCGGUGAUGAAUUGGCAGAACCCUCUCUUGCCCGUCCCACGCAGGGAGUCCCUGCAUCUGUCAGUUCGGGAAACUGACGAUGAAAUGUCUUUCACCCUGACGUCCCUUCCUCUCUGGCACCUUCACUUCUGACGUGUUUUUUCUCUGGCGAAUAAGUGCCCACUGAACCUCCAACCACGCCGGUCAGUUGUUGGCUAGUAGGUUUCCGUCUGAAGCUCUGCUUCGGCCAGGAGUCUCUUGUGUGGUGCGCCAAGCAGCGAGCGAUGUCUCUGCAUGGUUUGCAUAGGUGGGUGGUACUAGUCUGGUAGCUUGUGGUCGGUCAAUAUUCGGCUGACUGCUGGGAGUCAAUAGUGGACUGAGAUAUGGUGGCAAACAUGACUGAAAGACUAUCAGUCUCAUCAGCCUCAGAGGCAACGCAUACAGGUUCCAUGCAGGAACCAAUGAAUGUGGUAUCGGCGGCAUAUAUGGUUGGUAGUAGGAGGUAGGUAGGUCCCCGAUUCGGAGGAGGCCGCAGGUUGCCGGCCAAGGGCUGCCCCGGAGGGUUGGCCGUGGGAGGCGAGUAGGUAUGUAGCCAAGGAGUGGAUGCAUGGCACUGGCAGGAGGCGAUAGCAUCCAGGGGCAAAACAAAGGUAGGUAGGUGUGCAGCCGAAGGGAGGGGUGUCGCGGUUGGAAGGAGGCCGCAGGUUGCAGGCCAAGGGCCACUGUGGCAGAGGGUUGGCAGUGGGAGGCAUGGCACUGGCAGGAGGCGAUGACAUCCAGGGGCAAGACUAACGUAGGUAGGUGUGCAGCCGAAUGGAGGGGUGUCGGGAUUGGGAGGAGGCCGCAGGUUGCAGGCCAAGGGCUGUGGCAGAGGGUUGGAAGUGGGAGGCAGGUACGUACGUAGCCAAGGAGGGGGUGCAUGGCACCGGGAGGAGGCGAUGGCAUCCAGGGGCCAAAACGCACAAGCAAAGUUUUCAAAGCAGGUUCGAAAGAAAUGUCAGCCAUUCAUCUGCCAGUGGACUGGUAGCACCAUAGAUGGCAGCGGACUCCACAAAGCUUAUCAACUGGGUUGCAGCUACCCCUGUGGUGCCCGUCACAGCAACACGAGCAUAAGGUGGACGGUGAGACGGUGGCAGAUAUAGGGCCCUCCAGGCACAUUUCUGUGGCGAAAAGAGCAGUUCGGAUGGGUGUUUAUAAGAAAAGACAUCCACGUGAAAUGCCCAGAUGUUACGAAGCAGCGCUUGUGCUGGAUGAGUCAAGGCUAACUGUCGGCGGCUUCCACACUCCAAACGUCGGUAGAAAUUGCAGCGGGCACCACGGCAGACAUCGCACCAGGCGUGCAGGUGUUCUUUGCUAACGGUUUUACUCACACUAUCACGUAUACAGGACCACGGCACUAUGGGAAAUUCCCGCAAGUUGUGAGGUAGCAUCGGCCUAGCUCAGUCGGUACACCUACGAACUACUGCUGAAAUACAGACCUGGGUUCGAAUCUGAAUGGAAUCAGACGAGCGAAAAUAAAGCAUUUAUCUGGGAUUCGUCAAGGCCAUCGGUUUUUCAGCUUGCACACUUGUGUCGUCAGUGGACAUCACAGAAGGUACUGCAGCAGACAUCAUGGCAGACAUGCAUGUGCGUGCUCACGCGUAUGCUCACGCUGCCAGUAAAUAAACGAUGCGAAGCUGU